AAAAAAGAGAGAGACAAGGUGCAGACUCAGGGUGGUUGGGACAUGGGCAUGGCAAAUGGCUCUACUUGUUGCAGAGUAAGGCGUGUUCAAUAAAUCUUUUACCCAAGAUACUGCAGACAAUUGGUUCCAAAGUUCAAGGGUAAAAUAUCCAGGAGCACAGCGAAAGGGAGAGCCAGAAGAGGACAGGGAAGAGAGGAAGUGUCAAGGUGAUUCAUUUGUGAAAUUAUAAAGAAAUCAGUUGUUGGUGUCGACAGGAAUAAACACAGUCAGAAGACAAAAUAUGGCCGAGAGCACCACACCAAAAGGCAGCUCUGGUGACUUUGCUAAAAAAGUCCAAAGACGGCUGAGCAGAAGCAAAGAAAAGGUACUGCAAAGGCUGGGAAAGACGGUGGAGAGCAGGGAUGACCAAUUUGAACAUUCUCUCCAACAGUUUCAUGACCAGCAGAAUGAUGGGAACCGAAUAUACAAGGACCUGAGGAACUACAUUAAUGCAGUUAGAGACAUGCGUGAAGCUUCAAGACGCCUUUCCCAGUCUUUGUUUGAUGCCUAUGAAACUGACUGGGCUGGAGAGGAAGAUUUAGGAGCCAUUGUAGAGGGGGAGGAUCUACUGUGGAAUGACUACGAGGUGAAGCUAUUAGACCAGGCCAUACGCACCAUGGAGUCCUAUGUGAGCCAAUUCCCAGAUGUCAGGGAGAAAGUAGCCAAGAGGGGGAGAAAACUGGUCGACUACGACUCUUCCCUCCACCACCUGGAGGCACUGCAGACUGCUAAGAAGAGGGAUGAUGUCAAGCUAAACAAGGCAGAAGAAGAGAUGAAUGCUGCCAAAAGUGUCUAUGAAGGCAUCAACAAUGAGUUAAAAGAAGAGCUGCCUGUGCUGUAUCAAAGCCGUAUUGGAUGCUACGUUUCAGUCUUCUCAGCUGUAUCAAAUUUACGAGACAUCUUCUUUAAGGAAAUGAGCACGCUCAACCUUGAUCUACACAAUGUGAUAAAGGAGCUGCAAGCUCAGCAUCCGGACAAAAUGUUUGCUGUGAAGGGAAUGCAACGGUAUGGCUCCCUGAAGAGACGGACUCUGAUGUCCCCUAAGGCCUGGAAAGCCAGCUUUUCAGAGUUUCACAAGAGCUACAAUCCUAAAUCUAGCCAGAGGUUUAGUUUCAGGUCCCCAGACAAACCUCGCCACGGCACUCUGUCCAGAGAGAGCAGCACCCUUACAGUCUCCCCACAAUCACCUCUUCUGGAGGGCCCCACCUCCGAGUCCAGGGACCUGGAUGCAGGAUCGAGCCACAGUGAGAUCCACAGUUCUCCUGCGCAAGAAGACGCUGCAGCGGGGACGGCUGGAAACGAGCUGAAGUCGGGAGAAGACAGCAAUCAGGUGGAAGAGGAGAAGGCCAUGAAGGAAGAGGAGUCUGAGUCUAAGCGUCCUGUAGAGUCUGAUAAUAAGGGAGCUGGUGAGAAAGCUCCACCAAGUGAGAGCAGCUCUGAACUGAACAACUCCUGUGAUUCAGAGAGCUUGGAGCUCCAGCUGUCUGCAGCAGACGACGGCCCGCUGCACAUCGAAGAAAGCGAAGACAGCCCGGUAGACCUCCACACUCCUAAACCAAAUGGACUGGAGAAUGGUGAAGUUUCUGGGUUCAACUCUGACACUAAGGACCCGAGCAUUCCUCACAAGGAUGCCCCAGCAGAAAAACAGGCAUCAGUGGACUUAAAAAGCACAGUGGUUUAAAGUAUUCAGACUUUAAUACAAGAGAAGCACAGAGGAGAUUGAAGUGAACAGCUGCACAAGAGAAAAAAUGUGGAGACAGCCGCACUGAAGUGUCCAACUGGUGUCAUGAAUGAUGUACUGUGCAUUGACUCGUUGGUGUUAGUUUUCUUAUUUAUCUUUUAUUGAAAGCAGUUGUACAUACAGUUCACAGUCUGGGUAAAGCUUCAUCUGUUGUAUUUUUGUAACAGCUUAAUUAUCCUUUCAAAAGAAUUACUGCAGGGUGAUUUUGUCAUUUUUGGACCUGACUUUAUCUCACAGAUUCCAUUAUAUUCUGCACUAAAAUCAGAGCAGUUAUUUCAUGUAUCCAAUGUUAGCAAACAUAAUGCACUAAUAGGUUUACAUUGUCACUGUAUGCAGAUGUACUGUGCUGUGGUCUCAGUGUCGAAAGGAACUGAGCUAAAUGCCACUCUCCACUGACCAACUGAAACUACUGAAACUACAUAGAAGUUUCAAUUAUUUUCUUUUUUUUUUUAAAUCUUUUACUUUUUAACCAGUUUUGUUGGCAGGGAUUCAGCUGGGAUUCAUUUUUUGAACUUCAUUUUCCAUUUUAGUUUGAAUUAAAUGUAAGUAUGUUUGAUUUUUUAAGUCACAAAACUGCAAUCUGUUAAUUAGGUGUGCGCUGUGAAGAUAAAUCAUUGUGUAAUUCUGAACAGUGAUCUUUUUUGUAUCAUGUUUAUACUAAUUUGUAUAAUUUUAACUAUUUGGUGAAUGUGUUAAGAUAGAUAUACAGAAAUUAUUAUGAAAUGUGUACACAAUAAAUCGCAACUGACACACCCUGGA